AUGCGGUGGUGCUGCUGGCAUGUGCCAGUGAAGAUGUGCAUGGGAUUUUUGUGUCUCUCUCUGGUUUGGAGUGUAGCUUCAUGCCUACAAAAAGAAAACAAGAAAGAAAAGCAUGUGGCAGUGCUGGCUACGGCAGAGCUGCCUGCAAAGUCUGUGGAUCUGGCUGCUAUUAACCUGACUGAGCUAGUGAACAGCAUGCUGGGCACGGCACUCAAAGGUACCAGAAACCUUUUCUCUUUGCUGAGUGUUACAUCUUACAGCUCUUUUGCCUUCCACAAAGUGUCAGUCACCAUUUAUAACAUUUCUAACCUGAAAAAUGUUGACCCUGGCAAGUUCCCCAUGCAUCACUGCUACUGCUUGAACAACAUGACAAAUGAUUUGACAGAUUUUACAGCUUUACUUGUUGAUAUUAUUGGAAACUCCACCAGUUAUCUCACAGAAAUUUUCAAGUCUACUUCUAUUCUCUCAGUGAAUCAGAGCAACAAUUCAGAUUGCAUCUAUAUCUGCAUGAUAACAGGCCGAACAGGGAGAAAUCUGUCUGACUUUUGGCAGAUGCUAGAGAAGUUUCCUGUUAUUAAUUACACAUUUUCCAGCAACACAUCUGCUGACCUGGAUCUAGAUUCGAUUUUUUCAAGUUUCAUGAAAUUACAGGAAGAACCAAACAAAACCAUGGAUCCAUCAUCAGAACAUAUGUGGAGAGCUAAAACUACGAGGAUCCCAGUUGUUCUGAAGGGGAAGGAAAUCACUCCUACGAGGGUCCCAGCAUGGCCCAAGACAGCUGGCAUGAAAGGAUCGGGGUUUCCAUCGCUGGAAAACUGGGACGCUUUGAAAUUGCAUGGCACGGCCGGAGCCGCUCCAGAGAGCAUGGCCACGGCACCAGCCCCUGAAAUGUCUGCGUUUUGGACACAGCCAGUGCCUCCUCAAGAAACAAGCAAAUUGGUGCAAACAGAGCCAGAUUUAUCUUCCUCAGUAUUGUCUGUGCCACCCUACAGGCCUGGCGUGGCACUAAAACUUCACUCUGCUACCAGGUGUCCACAGGCAAUCCUCAAGGAGUCCCUGGUGACCUCGCCUCCUGUUACUGUUAUAGCUCAAAAGAUAAAUCCCUGUGUCAUGGAGCUGUGCCGAUUUUUUCAGCUGUGCCUCUGUGUUAGUCGAAGAAGAUAUUCAAGAAAGGAAGCCAUGAGGUACUGUGUAGAAUACUAUUCCUGGUUCUUGAAAAAUGCCAGCUAUGUCUGUGGAAAAGCCAAAAGAGUGGCUUACUCCCACACAUUAAAGCAAAAAUGCCUUACAAACAUCUGUAAAUCUGUCUAGAGCACGGAGGAAUUUUACUGCAAAUGAGAAGAUCCAUGACAGUUUUAGUGGCCUCAUUUCUCAGUGUAAGAAAAAUCAAAUUGCAAUAUGUUGUUUGCAAAUAUUUGUAACAAGACAAGCUAUUAAUCAGAUGUUUCUUAGAAAUGCUUUUUCCUCCAAGGCAUUGUAAAAAUGAUGUGUAAAAACAGAUUAAUUUUACACAAGUAAUGUAACUGUAAUAAACGCAUUGAAAGGAUUUCUUAAAUUGUUUUUA